AUGGCCAGAUGCACAAGCGAAGCAAGCAAAUACCUCGAAAUCCUUUUUUGGAGAGACUACCCCUCGAAAAACGCAGGUGGAGAUACGGUCACGCCCAAGCAUGAACAAACAAUCUUGCCUCCUUCCACUCUUGCCAUGCUUCGCAUCCGCAUCGCCAGAAGCAUCCGUAACGACUUUCUCGCCGCCUGCCUGGAGCUCGUUGGCACUACUCUUUUCCUCCUUCUUGGACUUGGUGGCAUUCAGGCGGCCAAUGCACAAGUCAAUUCGAACGACGCAGGUAUACCGAAAAUACUAUAUGUAUCGACUUGCAUGGGUUUUUCGCUUGUUGUUUGCGCUUGGGUGUUCUUUCGAAUCACGGGAAGUCUUUUCAAUCCAUGCAUCACUGUUGCUCUUGUGCUGCUUGGCAUCGUCAGCCCCUUCCGUGGUCUGCUCUACUUCGCCGCCCAAUUUGGAGGAUCAGUUCUGGCUUCGUUACUCCUGGUAGCCCUCACUGGCGAGUUGUCUGUCAACACCAACAUCAAUCCCCAAAUCACUCCCACCAAAGGCGUCUUCAUCGAAAUGUUCAUCACAGGCACACUGGUCCUUGCUGUUCUCUUCCUUGCAGCAGAGAAGCACCAGGCGACAGCGUUUGCGCCGGUCGGCAUCGGUUUGACCCUCUUCUCUUGUCACCUAUUUGCCGUCUUCUAUACCGGAGCUUCCAUGAAUACGGCGCGUUCCUUUGGUCCUGCCGUGAUAUCAGGUUUUCCGACUCCGAACCAUUGGGUGUAUUGGGCUGGUCCUUUCUUGGGUGCGUUUGUCGCAAGCGCUUUUUAUGCAUUUUGCAAGUACUGUAAAUACUCGACUCUCAAUCCACACCAAGACACAGAUGAUGUUACCAAAUCACCUGACAACCCAAUGGCUAUUGCUCAGGCCAUCAUCCAGGAGCUCGACCCACGUCGUAGUGGUUUGGUCGGCCAAAUUUCGGAACGACUGCCGAAGUUAUCGGUGUCCAGCGGGAGUUCUUCUGUGCGAGCACGAAGUAAUUCGACAUUGAUACCGGUAGAUGAGGGGGCUGCUUUGCGCCGACCGAGCAUCGUGUAG